AGAACAAAAUAGAAAACAAAGAUCUAAAAUUUAGUAAUAAUUUUCUAUGCUUCUCUUACCAAUAAUUUAAUUUAUUUGGAAACAUAGGUAAAAAAAUUACCCAAAAGACAGUGUAUCGAGAUUCCAAAAUCCUACAAGUGAAAGCAGUAGUGAUGUAACCAAACCAAGUUGACUCUGAGAAUGGCUAUGAAAAAUAUACCCACUGUCGACUUGACACCAUUCUUCAGAGAAGGAUAUGAAGAUGAAAGGAGAAAAAUUGUAGAGUCCAUUACUAAAGCCUGUACUGAGUAUGGCUUCUUUCAAAUUGUGAACCAUGGGGUACCCUUUGAUCUGACCAGUGGAGCUCUGCAGCUGGCAAAAGCUUUCUUUGAGUCUCCAAAUGAAGCUAAACUCAAAUACUGUCCCCUGCCUAAUGCACCAGUUCCUGCAGGCUAUAACAAGAAGCCUAAUCCGUCUUAUGAGUUCAAUGAAUUCCUCAUCAUGCUUCCACCUGGUUCUCAUUUUAACAUCUUCCCUCCCAAUCCCCCACAAUUUCGAGAAGUUAUGGAAGAGUUAUUCUCCCAAUUCUUGAAGAUAGGGAUGGUUGUUGAGAGCAUCCUGAGCGAGUGCCUGGGGCUUCCUCCAUCUGUUCUUAAAGAAUUCAACGAUGACAGAAACUGGGAUUUUCUUAUUGCUUUAUUUUACUUGCCAGCAACAGAAACAGAAAGGAUAGGGGCAAAUUCACAUAAAGAUGUCAGUUGCUUCACAAUUGUGCUACAAGAUGAAGUUGAAGGCCUCGAGGUUCAAAAGGAUGGCGAAUGGAUCCUAAUAGUCCCACAACCAGGUGCCCUUGUUGUCAAUAUUGGCGAUGCUCUUCAGGUCCUUUCGAAUGACAAAUUCAAAAGCCCAAGCCAUAGGGUGCUGAGACCUAAUGGAAGAUCAAGGAAUUCAUUUGCAUUCUUCUACAGUUUGUCAGGAGACAAGUGGAUUGAACCACUUCCCCAUUUUACAAAGGAGAUUGCAGAAAAACCAAAAUACAGACCCUUCUUGUACAAAGAGUAUCUACAGCUAAGAAAAGAAAACAAGUGUAAGCAUGUAUCCAGGCUUGAAGAUGAGAUUACCAUAUCACACUAUGCAAUCCCUGAGGAGUAAUGUUAGACAAAGUAAAAAGGUAAUGACUUGUAAUUUGCAAGACAUAUAUAUGCUCAUGAUCUCGCCCUUUUCACAAUAUCUGAUACAUACUGACUUCUAUAAACUUACAUGCGGGGAAGAGGUUGAUGAGAUAUAUAUAUAUAAUAUGGUAUCAGAGAAUAGAACUUUCAUAGUCCAUAUAUAUUGGCUCGUAGUCGUAGGUGAUGAUGAUUUGAUCCAAAGAAUGAUGUGCUGCAUUCCGUUCCCUGUUAAAAACCAAUCCUUUUCUGAUUAGUUUAUCUCCCCUGAUUAAUUUUGGAAACUCUUUUCCUAAUUUGGGGGAAAGAAAAAAGUUUAUAUGCUUAUGGGAUGUUUUCUUGACAACUUUUUUGUCCAUAACAUGUAAAGGAUUUGAUUCGAACUCGAAAUAUACAAGGUGAAGCACUAAUUGUUUUUA